AUGCCCAGGCUCUGGCGUCGCUUGGAUGCCGAUGGCAGCGGGGAGGUGUCUUUGAACGAGUUCGUGAAGCUCAUGUACAAGUAUGAGCUCGCAAUGUGGCCGGAGAGCACGGACGAGGAGCUGGCACGAGUCGUUCGCAUCGUCGAUGCAGCGGUCGACAGGUGGCACCAUGCAGCGGGAAAUUGGUACAAGGUCUUUCUCUUCAUCGACACACAGGGCUCCGGAACGAUUACCUACGAAGAUUUGCGGCGCUUUCUUCGAGGUGGCUUCCCGGAUCUUCAUCUGGGAACGAAGGAGCUCCACAAUGAAGACAUCUACCGCCUCUGGAAGGUGCUUGAUCCUGGUGCACGCAUGCGGAUACCGAAGAGCGACUUCUUAGCUCAUAUGAGGAGGCUCGGAGCACUCCCGGCAAUAAUGGAUGCCAAGCGGAUGAAGGUGCCUGUUGAGACACCCCGUGACUGGGCGGCAGAGCUCGCGCAGGCGCCAGACCUUCGUCGGGACUCUCUGCGUGCUGUGGCCGUGAAAGUCCUCGGCGUUGUACAAGUCUGGCUGGCCAGGAAAGGCUUCAGCUGCCCUGGGCCUUCCUCCCCUGAGGCCUGGGCGACGCUCUUCCAGAGCGUGGACUUUGCCGGCCAUGGCAAGCUGAGCUACCCCGCCUUUCAGGCAGCCGUGCUUGAUCGCAUGAAGGGCCGCGGCCGCGUGGCCGAGACUGAGCUCCUGGCCCUGUGGCGCAUGGUCGAUGUCAGCCGCAAGAUGGAGGUGCGCGAGGAGCAGUUCUCCAACAUCUUGUACCGCCUGCAGACAGAGACCUGGCCCAGGCUCUGUCCUGCCGACUUCGAGCGUCACAUCGAAGUGCUAAACGCAGCAGCUCACAAAUGGCAUCGGGCUAGCGGCAACUGGUACAAGAUCCUGACGCUUUGUGACGAGGAGAAAUCUGGCAAACUGAGCUUCGAGGAGUUCAACAAGGUCGUUCGAAAAAACUUCCCAGGUCUCUCGAUCAGUCAGGAGGAGAUCUCGGAAGAUCAACUCCGUGGCAUCUGGCGUUCCAUGGACGCCGACCAGUCAGGAUGGGUCUCCGUGCAAGAGUUCAUGGUUUGGAUGCGGAGCAAUGCCCGCAAUCGCAACCUGCACAGGCACAUGAACGACACAGAAGCCAAGCGCCGGCUGCUAGAGGAGCAGCAGAGACAGGAAGGGCAUGUACCCACCAAGACCAUGGAGGAGCUCCUGUCCGCCAAGCGGCAGCUGGAGGCCCGCGUCCUCGCCUACCUCAGCAGGAAAGGCCUUCGCUUGAAGAUCAAAGACA